GUACCACCACCAGUGUCCCUAUUGACAGCACCACUAGCUCUGUUGUUCUACAGGUCCCACCACCAGUGUCCCUGUUGACAGCUCCACUAGCUCUGUUGAACUACAGCUCCACCACCAGUGUCCCUGUUGAGAGCACCACUAGCUCUGUUGUUCUACAGGUACCACCCCCAGUGUCCCUGUUGACAGCACCACAAGCUUUGUUGUCCUACAGGUCCACCACCAGUGUCCCUGUUGACAGCCCCACUAGCUCUGUUGUUCUACAGAUACCACCUCCAGUGUCCCUGUUGACAGCACCACCAGCUCUGUUGUACUACAGCACCACUAGCUCUGUUGUUCUACAGGCACCACCACCAGUGUCCCUGUUGACAGCUCCACUAGCUCUGUUGAACUACAGCUCCACCACCAGUGUCCCUGUUGAGAGCACCACUAGCUCUGUUGUUCUACAGGCACCACCACCAGUGUCCCUGUUGACAGCUCCACUAGCUCUGUUGUACUACAGCUCCACCACCAGUGUCCCUGUUGAGAGCACCACUAGCUCUGUUGUUCUACAGGCACCACCACCAGUGUCCCUGUUGACAGCUCCACUAGCUCUGUUGAACUACAGCUCCACCACCAGUGUCCCUGUUGAGAGCACCACUAGCUCUGUUGUUCUACAGGUCCCACCACCAGUGUCCCUGUUGACAGCCCCACUAGCUCUGUUGUUCUACAGAUACCACCUCCAGUGUCCCUGUUGA